AUGGUUGCAGACGCAAUCCACACGAACGGUUAUGAUCCCGCCAAGUUAACCGGCGAGGAAGAAAUCCAACGGUUGAGAUGCGCCGUGAAGAAUUACGAGUGGGGCAGACUCGGACCGGACUCACUCGUAGCGAGACUCCACGUGGCGAAUUCAGGGUGCCGAGUCGACCCGGAUGUUCCGUACGCCGAGUUGUGGAUGGGAACUCACGAGUCCGGACCGAGUCACGUCGUGAAGGAGGAAGAAGAAUUCGAGUCGGGUCGUGAUGGGUCCGAAUGCAUGGUUACAUUGAAAUCGUGGGUUUCGGAUAAUCCGGAUUCACUCGGGUCUAGAGUCGUGGACAAGUGGGGACGUGAUCUUCCUUUCAUCUUUAAGGUUUUGUCGGUGACGAAAGCGUUAUCGAUUCAAGCACAUCCGAACAAGGCCUUAGCAGAGAAAUUACACAGAGAAGAUCCUCUUCUUUACAGAGAUCCUAAUCAUAAGCCUGAGAUUGCUCUUGCGAUCACUCCUUUUCAAGCCCUUUGUGGUUUCGUCUCUCUUAAGGAGCUGAAGGAGGUUAUCGCCAAUGUACCAGAGAUCACAGAGCUUGUCGGAAGCAAAGCUGCAGAUCAAAUCUUCAAAGUCGACGAACACGAUCAAAACGAGAAUGUUAAAUCCGUUGUCCGUUUAAUCUUCACGCAGUUAAUGUCUGCAAGCAGCAACGAGACUCAUCAAGUCAUAUCACAGAUGAAGAUUCGUCUGAUCUCAGAGAGUCAACACCGUGAACUAUCGGAGAAGGAGAAGUUGGUUUUGGAACUUGACAAACAGUAUCCAGGUGACGUAGGCGUGAUCUCAGCAUUCUUCUUUAACUACGUCAAGCUUAAUCCCGGAGAGGCUCUGUAUUUGGACGCCGACGAGCCUCACGCUUACAUCUCCGGCGACUGUGUUGAGUGUAUGGCUGCUUCAGACAACGUCGUUAGAGCUGGUCUCACUCCUAAACACAGAGAUGUUCAAACGCUCUGCUCUAUGCUUACCUACAAACUGGGGUACCCGGAGAUUUUGAAAGGAUUUCCUCUGACGCCAUAUAUUACAAGAUAUCUUCCUCCAUUUGAUGAGUUCGAAGUGGAUCAUUGUGAUCUUCCUACAGGGAAAUCGACGGUUUUUCCGGCGGUACCAGGGCCGUCGGUUUAUCUGGUUAUUGAAGGAAAUGGGAGAUUGCAAACCGGUUCAUCGUCUCAAUUGUUGGUUAACCAAGGAGAUGUUUUGUUUGUUCCGGCUAAUAAAGAGAUUCACGUAACCGGAGAAAGUGAGGUGAUGAAGCUUUAUAGAGCUGGAGUCAGUAGCAGAUUCUUCCAAACAUUGUAA